AUGGCUAGCCUCUCGGAUCUGGCAAGCCAUCAUCACCACCACCAUUCCAACAAGAUCACAAAGACACCCCGAGGGGGUAAGAUGGUCAAGCCCAUUCUGAAGAGACUGGCCUCAUCAUCGUCGCCUAAAAAUUCGCUCGAUUUGGACAGGGGCUGGGAGGACCAGACGGUGGACCUUGGCUAUGGCGGCGGCAACAUGAACAACAACAACAGCACGUACGAGUCCUCAGGGCGUCCGAGCAUGUCGCCCUCCAUCCGCGACGUGAACUUCCAGUUCCCUCCCUCGUGGGAGCCGACAGGCUAUGGCGGCGGCGGCGGCGGCGGCGGCGUUGGUGUUGGUGUUGGUGGGGUAGGCGGAGGAGGGUCAGCGACGGGCUCAGGCGCGACGACACCAGUCGGGCCGGCGGGGCUGGAAGCAACGUCGUCGUCGAUACACGUAGGCGUGACGUCCAGCGCAAGAAAUCUCAGUCGUGGCAGGUACCAACACGCAAGGUCGACCUCAGCGACGUCGCACGUCUCGAUAGGAACCAACGGAAGCAACCACCGACCAGGCGGGGGCUCCUUUGUGCACCCCUUCCAGCAGACGCCUCGUACGCAUACCCCGCCACUGACCUAUGCCAAUUCAUUCACCUCAUUCGAGCGUGAGAACAACCCCGCCAGGGACUACUCCCCCACUAUCAUCACCGAAAACGACGACGACGACGACGAGGAGCACCACCAUCACCACCACCGUGCUGGAUCUGCCUCCCUCUCCCAGUCACUCGCCGCCUCCUCUCACCUGCACAGGGGUCAGCCCAGCAAUAGCCACUCUACCACCAGCCUCAGGCGUCCCUCGCUUGCCAGCCAGCGCACGUCUUCACUGUCAGACAUUCGCAGCCACAGCAACAACAACAACAACAACAACAACAACAACAAUACCCAUAACUUCAACCCACCUUUACGCGUCAAUACGGCCCCCAGCUUUCCACGCUCCGUCCUGACUUCCUCGAGGCUGGCAACACAUGGAUCUCUCAGUACGGCGAACUCGAAUUCCAAUUCAGUCUCUGACCUACACCUCAACCUAAGCCCCACCGACUCACCACGACCGUCCCUCCACCUCGCCAGCCCCACCAACUCCAGUGUGACCGCCAUGUCACCCCUCCGCUCCAGCAUGGAGGGAGCAUUCCGCCUGCGCUCCCGCAGCGAGGUGGAUAUGGGCGCUCGCCAGGAUAUUCGCGAGGCGCGUCGCAAGUUCGAGGAGAACGAGCGCAUAAAACAGGAGAAAUACGAGGCCGAGCAGCGGCGGAAGCAGGAGCGCAGACAGGAGAAGGAGAGAGCUGCCGCCGCGCGGAAGAUCGCGGGUGGUGGCGGCGGCGAGAACUCGCCCAUUAUCGGGCGCUCGUCCUUCUCGCGGAGGCGCUCGCCACCCCUCAGCUCGACGGUCAGCAAUGCCUCGGGCACCCGCCGUACUCGGUCUGGCGAAUCUGCUAUCCAUCAGCACCACCACCACCACCAUCGCCACGGCAGUGCCAUCGCCACCACCACCAUCAACGAGAAGGCCGAGGGCACGAGCACGGGCUUCCUCAGCAGCAACUACGACAGCACGGCGGACGGCGCUGCGCCCAGCUUCGGACAGGACGUCAUGGACGUCCGCUUCGAGACGCCUAAGCGGACCACCACCGCCAAGAGGAAGACGCAGGGCUACUGGACCUCGUUCGUUCUCUGGUUCCGCACCCGCCUGUUAAAGCUGGGUCGUCGGUAG